AGUCUGACGUCUCCCCAUUGCCAGGCUCCACCGUAUUCUACACACCACCGUGGCAGUCUCGACAUUGCCGCCAUAUUCUUUGCCCACAAAGCACUGCACUGUCGGGCAACACAUACAGCGACUGCUGGCUGCUACAUGUGCCGCCUGAGUAUUCUUGCGCGAGGACCACGCCCCCCACUGAAGGGACCACAGCAGCGCCCGACGGCUGCCCUCGACCAGCCAAGCUUGUAG